CUAGACCUUUGUUUUUAUCAUGUCCUUAGCUUGGAAUUCUCUCCUACUGUCAGUUCAAAUCUGAAACUUGAUGCCAUCUUCUUUCUAGUGAUUUUCCCAAUAAUCUGAGCUUUAAGUCCUCACUCUUCUUUGCAAUCACUUUUCUUUUGUAGAGCCUGUGCUCAUGCUGCCUUAUGCUGGGUCUUAACUCCCUUAUUAGACCAGAAACUCUUUGAAAACAGGAGCCAGGCCUUACAAACUAUUUUUUCUGACACAGUGUUUGGCAUCACGUAGGCAUUUAAUAGAUCACCAGUUGCCAAAUGUGUCAAUUCAAAAGACCCCAUUUUUUCAACAAAAAUUGUAUUUCAGUUUACUCUGCAGACAGAAAGUGCAUAUACCAAAAUGUUCAGUUCAAUUAAUUUUUGCAAACAGAACACACUCUCCAACCAGCUCCCAGAAUAAGAAACAACGUAAUCAGAACCUCAAAAUCUCAGAAGCACCCCUAAAACCAGAACCCAGUUGCCAUCUAGUGAAUUCGGACUCACAGUGACCCCCAUGUGUGUCAGAGUAGAACUGUGCUCCACAGGGUUUUCAAUGGCUGAUUUUUCGGAAGUAGAUAGACAAGCCUUCCUUCGUGGAUGCCUCUGGGUGGAUCUGAACCUCAAGCCUUUCAGUUAGCAGUCAAUCCCAUUACACGAUACUUAUAGUUUUAGUAUACACAAGAAGAGUGAGAAUAUAUAUUUGUAGAUCCCUCAUAAUAUCUCUGCUCAGUAAGCCCUUCCCCUCCAACCCCAAAGACCGAGAACACAGGGAGGGAGAGAGAGGGAGAGAUAGGAAGAGAGAGAAAGAUUAGGAACGACUGUAAUAGGUAUUUCUUUAUAAAUGAAUGUAUGAAGACAAAAACCUACACUUUGGAAAACGCAUGUUAGUACCAAAUUGUGAAAGAGCUAGUGAUCCUUCAUUUUAAAAAUCUGUACUACACGUGCAAUUCUAGUAGAGCUCUCAUCAACGUCGGUCAACUCGCAGAACCCAUCUCCUAAAAUUCAACAUGGCUGCAUGCAUAUGUAUAUAAGCAACAUGGCCGCUCUGCCAACUACCAAGAUGGCAACCGCGGCUUCACCGUACCAGGAAGCACGAGAGAACGCCCGUAAAGAAUAUACACUGUAUCCGCCAUUCUGCCAACACCUAAGGUGGCUCGAUUUCAGCUUCAAAGUGAGCGCGAAACCGGAAAUGGCUUUUUCUUCUUGCACAGCUCCCGGGAUCCCUUUCCGGUUAGCUUUGGGGUGUCCGCGUUGGAAGAGGGUAUUUCCUGAAAAGAGGGCUGGGAGGUGUUUGUCCACCGCGCCUGAUUCGAGACGCGUCCGCGCCGGGAGACUAGAAUGUCCGACACGUGGAGCUCUAUCCAGGCCCACAAAAAGCAGCUGGACUCGCUGAGGGAGAGGUUACAGCGGAGGCGGAAGCAGGACUCGGGGCACUUGGAUCUACGGAAUCCAGAGGCAGCACUGUCCCCAACCUUCCGUAGUGAUAGCCCAGUGCCUACUGUACCCACCUCUGGUGGCCUUAAGCCCAGUACAGCUUCAGCAGUUCCUGAACUAGCUACAGACCCCGAGUUAGAGAAGAAGUUGCUACACCACCUCUCUGAUCUGGCCCUAACAUUACCCACUGAUGCCAUGUCCAUCCGUCUCGCCAUCUCCACGCCAGAUGCCCCUGCCACUCAAGAUGGGGUGGAAAGCCUUCUACAGAAGUUUGCAGCUCAGGAGUUGAUUGAGGUAAAGCGAGGCCUCCUGCAAGAUGAGGCACAUCCCACUCUUGUGACCUAUGCUGACCAUUCCAAGCUCUCUGCCAUGAUGGGCGCUGUGGCAGAAAAAAAGGGCCCUGGGGAGGUAGCAGGGACCAUCUCAGGACAGAAGCGACGUGCAGAACAGGACUCAACUACAGUAGCUGCCUUUGCCAGUUCUUUGGCCUCUGGUUUGGCCUCUUCAGUAUCAGAACCAACCAAGGAGCCAGCCAAGAAAUCAAGGAAACAUGCUGCCUCAGAUGUUGAUCUGGAGAUAGAAAGCCUUCUGAACCAACAGUCCACUAAGGAACAACAGAGCAAGAAGGUCAGUCAGGAGAUCUUAGAGCUAUUAAAUACUACAACAGCCAAGGAACAAUCCAUUGUUGAAAAGUUUCGCUCUCGAGGCCGGGCCCAAGUGCAAGAAUUCUGUGACUACGGAACCAAGGAGGAGUGCAUGAAAGCCAGUGAUGCUGACCGGCCCUGUCGCAAGCUGCACUUCAGACGAAUCAUCAAUAAACACACUGAUGAGUCUUUAGGUGACUGCUCUUUCCUUAACACAUGUUUCCACAUGGAUACCUGCAAGUAUGUUCACUAUGAAAUUGAUGCCUGCAUGGAUUCUGAGGCUCCUGGCAGCAAAGACCAUACACCAAGCCAGGAGCUUGCUCUUACACAGAGUGUUGGAGGUGACUCCAGUGCAGACCGGCUCUUCCCACCUCAGUGGAUCUGUUGUGAUAUCCGCUACCUGGACGUCAGUAUCUUGGGCAAGUUUGCAGUUGUGAUGGCUGACCCACCCUGGGAUAUUCACAUGGAGCUGCCCUAUGGGACCCUGACAGAUGAUGAGAUGCGCAGGCUCAACAUACCAGUACUGCAGGAUGAUGGCUUUCUCUUCCUCUGGGUCACAGGCAGGGCCAUGGAGUUGGGCAGAGAAUGCCUGAACCUCUGGGGUUAUGAACGGGUAGAUGAAAUUAUCUGGGUGAAGACAAAUCAACUGCAACGCAUCAUUCGGACAGGCCGUACAGGUCACUGGUUGAACCAUGGGAAGGAACACUGCUUGGUUGGUGUCAAAGGAAAUCCCCAAGGCUUCAACCAGGGUCUGGACUGUGAUGUGAUUGUGGCUGAGGUACGUUCCACCAGUCAUAAACCAGAUGAAAUCUAUGGCAUGAUCGAGAGACUGUCCCCUGGCACUCGCAAAAUUGAGUUAUUCGGACGACCACACAAUGUGCAGCCCAACUGGAUCACCCUUGGGAACCAACUGGAUGGGAUCCACCUACUAGACCCAGAUGUAGUUGCCCGGUUCAAGCAAAGGUAUCCAGAUGGUAUCAUCUCUAAACCUAAGAAUUUAUAGAAGCACUUCCUUACAGAGAUAAGGAUCCACAGCCAUGGCUCUGCAGGCUACACCUGAAGAGUAAUAUCAUUGUACAAUAGCUUCUUUCCUUAUUUAAAUAAAAGUUUGUAUUGUAGUUGGGAUU